CACAAAUAAUUUAGAAACAAGAGUUAAUUAAAUAUUAAUCAAUUAAUUAAUUUACACGAACUUGUUACGUAAUUUUACGAAACUUUACGAAGUUCUAUCUCUCGCGAGUACGUCACGAGACUCGAGAUUUUCACGGGUUUCUUUGCACAUAAAGAUUUUUGUAUUAUGAAGGACCAUCCCUUCAUAUUUUCCAUUCUUUAUUGUCGAAUAACCCAUGCGCAUCAAACGAGGGAAUCGUUGAUAAUUAUCGCGAUAACUUAUUUUAUUUCAUGUCAUAUUCGAUUAGCAAUCAUUUGGGACAAAUUUUAUAUUAAAUAAAAGCUUUUUUAAUAAAUUAUAUCAAAAAUAAUGAACGAAAUUUCAAUUCGUACGAAUAAAGGAGAGUACGUCGGUGGAGACAUAAUUUAUGGGACUGUCUAUCUCUGGAUUAACCAACCAACAUUAGCUAAAGAAAUAAAGCUCAAAAUUAAAGGUUAUGAAAAAUGCAAAUGGGAUUAUGUAAAACAUGUUAGUCGUGAAGGACCUGAUGGAACGACUGAAUGGGAAACAAUUGAAGGCAAUGUUAAAGGAGAUCGAAAGUUCUUUGAAACCGAGUUUACAUUGGUUGAGUAUCACGAUGGAAUUCCAUGUGGUCAUUAUGCAUAUCCUUUUCAAUAUCCUCUUAGACAAGACUUACCUGGAUCAUUUUGUAUGAAAGGCAAAACUCCAGAUUCAUAUGAAGGAAAUGACUGGCAGGCAGAUAUAAAAUACAAAGUUAAAGCCAAAAUGGAAGCUUCUGAUAACAAGUUGAAGGUGACCCAACCAUUGAUUAUAAUGACAAGAUCUCAUUUAAAUUAUCAACCAGAAACACAUGAGAAAGAAGAAACAGUGCGAUUGUGUUGCUGUAUCCCCAGAGGAAAUGUGAAAUUAAGUGCUCGUUUGGAUAGUGAUGUUUAUGAGGCUGGAUCCACAGCAAGAAUUCAUGUUGAUGUGGUUAACGAUUCCAGUGUUGAUAUCGAAAACUUUGUUCUUAAGUUAAUGCAGGUGAUUCAUUUAAAAGGAAAGGAUGAUGAUGAUCUUGAGAAACUAAUAUCAUUGACAAAUACAUGUACUUAUCAUAUUGACAUUGAAAUGCAAGUGAAUUGGGCAAGGGACAUUGAAAUUCAUGCACCUAUUACCUUAAUUGCACCUUCAAAUACCUGGUGGAAUGAUUUGAAACCUCAGUGGGUGAUGAACUGUCAGCCAGUACCAGUUCAAGGACCAUGUGCCGUACCAAUAGCUGUGACAGGUUCUCAAACUUUCAACAACAUUCCUGGCUUUGGACCUCCGCUAUAAGAUGAGAAAACAUUCAAGAUAAAAUUCAAAAUAAGAGUGUUUGGGUGCAUAAAGUAGGAAUUAUAGGUGUUGUUGCUUAAAAUAAUUAUGAAUAUGAAUAAUGAUUAAUUUUGUAAGAAUAUAAUAAUUACAUAAUAACAUUCCUUUCUUAUUACAUAACAAAUCUAAGAGAUUAGUAAGUUAUGUCUUGAUUCUUCAUUUAGCACUGACAUAUAACUUAAAUUAGAGAUGUUACUGCACAAACUACAAUUUGCACCCAUUUUGUAAACUCACCAUAAUCUGAUGUAUUUGACUUGUUAUGGUUAAAACUGUUAAUUAUUAUCUACGUCGGAUGAA